CCUGCCUGCUAGCUAGAGUGUGUCUGUGUGUUUCAUACACAUGUUGUUUCAUACACAUGACUAUGCCAUUGGACUUUACCUUUGGACUACCUGAGUUAGUUUACCUGGCUUUCAGCUGUUGCCAGGUUUUUCACAAGUACCGUCUCUGACCUGCUGGAGUUAAGCUGUUUCUGAGUGUUGACCUGUGUAUAUCUGACUGACUGGGAGUUACUACCUCUGUUGGAAUUCACCUGUUAGAGGGAGCUCAGCUGUGUAUCAACACGUGCCUCUCUGCUACUGGAGUUUACCUGUGAGAAGGAGUUUACCUGUGUGAAGGAGUUGACCUGUGUGAAGGAGUUUACCUGUGAGAAGGAGUUUAUCUGUGUGAAGGAGUUUACCUGUGUGAAGGAGUUUACCUGUGAGAAGGAGUUUACCUGUGAGAAGGAGUUUACCUGUGUGAAGGAGUUUACCUGUGUGAAGGAGUUUACCUGUGUGAAGGAGUUUAUCUGUGUGAAGGAGUUUAUCUGUGUGAAGGAGUUUAUCUGUGUGAAGGAGGUUUACCUGUGUGACUGGAACACCUUUUGGAAUUCUGACCAACUAAUUAAUUGGAGCUUCUCUCUCCUGCUGGGGUUCACGUACCUGAGAGUAGAGACCUGCAUCCUCCAAUUGUGUGUGUGUGUGUUGUGUGUGUGUGUCAGGAUGAUGGAAGAAGUGUCUAUUGGGGUGGCAUAUGACUCCCACAUCAUAGACCAGAUGGCAGAGGAGGAGAUACUGGCCUGCCUGAUGGCCGAGUCUAUUCCCAAACACACGGUUCCCAGUAAGAAGGCCACGCUGAGAGAGAACCAGCCACCACAACAGGAUGACCACAUAGACAAAUACCAGAGGGAGAACCGUCAGCUGCAGCAGGCCAGUCUGCGUCUGGAGCAGGAGAAUGAUGUUCUGGCCCACAGACUGAUCACCAGCAAGAUCUCCCUGAGGACCGACCUGGACCAGGCGGAGGACAGAGUGGAUGAGCUGACUAAAGAGCUGCUGAAGACCAGAAAGAGAUUAAAGAACGCAGAGGAAGAGAAGAGAGAGAAGGAGGAGGAGGCUGCUCAGUUGAAGGAGGUGUUAAGGACAAAGCUGGACAAGGCUGAACCAGAGGUGAAAAGGAGCUCAGGCAUCAUCUCAGACUACAAACAGAUCUGUUCCCAGCUGACCAGUCGGGUGGAGAGGCAGCAGGCGGCCCACAGAGAGGACCUUGACAAACUCAGGGAGCUGGAACACCAGCAGGGGGUGCUGCAACGUGAUCUCCAGGCAGCUAGGAACAGCUGGCUCAGUAAGACUGUGAGCUCCGUACGGUCAGCAGGAGGGGGCCUGCAGAGCAGCAGCCUACCCAGGGGGAGAGCCUCGGCAAUGGGGCGUUCUCUCCAUGGCCUCCCCCUCUCAGCCUGGAGCUCAAGGAGACUGUCAUGGGCCCUUAGGAAGGACCGGGGGGGAGAUGUCUGACAGAGAGAUGGAAGGGAGGGGGCGAGACAGCAAGAGGACGUAUUGAGAGUAUAGAUAAUAUGUAUUGGA